GCUUUUGCAGCUUUCGUCGUCGCUUUUGCGUUUCUGUUUCUUGCCAUCGCCUGCUGCAUUCCUGCUGCUGUCUGUCGCAGUCCGACGUUUCGAGCUAGUGCGAGGUAGUGAACGCGUGCCGGUCAUAUUGGACAAAAUAUAGGUCGCGUUUGAUGACUCUUGAUUCGGCAUUUGAUUAGUGGUGUCAUGAGUCAAUGAUCUCUUCUCGUUCAAUGUUGACGAGACGAUCGGGUCAAACGUCCCUCUGUUUUUGUUAACAACAGUGUUUGAUUGGUUGGGGGGCGAUGUCAAUUGUAUUUGUGAUUUAAUUUCGCAUGUUUUUCCAGAGGUGUCCAUAGCUGAACACCAAGGGGUCCAUCGGAGCAACUAACACAGGAAAAUAUGAACUGAACUGCUCUUUUGUUUCCAAUUUAAAGCAGACUAUUAGAACGUUUUAUGCCAUAUCGAUUGAAACAAAUUGAGGUCGAUGAAACCAAUGAUGCUUACCCAUUUAGAUUAGCUUCCAUUAUACAUUAAAAAUAGACGAGCCGGCUGAAUUGCGUUUAGUGUUGUCUUCUCUUACUUAAUACCGAACGCAAAUAUAAACGUAAAUAAGGCAAAUAUAACUUAAUUAAAUAAUGCUAAUUUAUAAUGAGAAAUAAACUUUUGGUACUACUAACACCCCUUAAGUCUGCUGGUAUCAUUAACUAGGAUGAGAAAUUGAGGUAGAAGCACUCGUUGUUAACGGCAAAUUUCAAUCCGAAAAUGUGAAGUGACGAUGUGACCACACAAAUCGGGUGCUUGGAAGUGAUUUAGUGUUUAAGUGACUGUUACAACUUGUGCAAACUGGCGGGGGCCGAAGUCGCCCCCGAAAAUGGAGCCAAUGGGGGCGGCGGAGAUAAGAGCUGUUUGACCACUUAUAUCUUCAAUCCGGUGGAAACGUGUACAGGAUCGCCCAGUCCGGAGAAGUUUAUAACAAGAGCAACUCCUCCAGGAAGUCUGAAUCUAUCAGGAAACACGCAACAAGAUGUUAUCAGAAGACUGUCGCCAUCUCCCAGUGACACACACAUGCAUCCCAAUUUCCUUUACGGAAAAAUACUGGCCGAUGGAAGACCGAAUUUCCUGACGGAUUACGGGUUUAAUUUUCAAAACUACGGCGCUUUGGGAACGAAUCACAGUAAAUGUUGUGCCACUGGAUCGUUUGCAAACGAAUUGAAUUUCGGACAUCUCUAUACGAUCAGCAAAACCGAAAAGGAAGAACGGACUUAUGACGAACCGUAUACGGGCGAUCUGCCCAGGAGAUCUUGGCUUUGUUGCCCAGGAUCUCAAGCCCGGGUGGAAACCGAUCAACCUCCUCUUCUCCAGGAAAUCAAAUCUCCAACUACUCCAGUGGAAACGAUCACUCAUCCUCCAUCACAUAUUCCUGCUAAUAAUGGAACAUGCGAAAGGUUGCAACUCCAGCUGGAUGAACAAGCACAAAGAUACGAGGAGCAACUUACUGAACUGCAUUCUGUGAUAGCUGAGCUUACAAGAAAGCUACAUCAGCAAAGAACGAUGGCAAUAACCGAGGAAGACGAAGUAUCAGAGUCUUGCACCAGUGCACAUGAAGAAUCAAUUACAUGUCCCUUGGAAGUAAGCGAAUUGGAACCUCUGGAAAACGACCUCUCAGAUCUGGAGAAUAAAAUACCGUUGGUGGACAGUCCUUUAUCGCUGCCGGAACCCAAGCUAAUCUCCUCAAACCAAGGCAACUCAGAUCCAUCGCCAUGUUCGGAAAUUGUUGAACCACUAAAACAGGAAAUCAUGUCCCUGAAACAUCAGCUGAACGACGCUCAUACCCGCUUGGCCCAGAUCACUUUAAGUCGAAUAGAAGAGGCCACUUGUGAUGAGGAUACCGUGACAAAUUGCAAAUCGGUCUUCAAUAAGAAUAUUUUGGAUUGUAUGGAACUGAAGGAGUAUUAUGAUGAAAAGACUAACACGGGUAAAGCAGAGCACAAGAUGUUGGAAUCGCCAGAAAGCCACAUUGAGGUGGAUUGUGAGCCUCGCUCGUACCACGAAGAUAAAGCCGACAUCAAGUUCAGCAAUAUCGUUCCGAUUCAUAAAACGUGCCACUUGAAGAAAGAACCGUUUAAUAUUCCUGUUACGAAAGUGGCUGAACGCAUAAGGUUGAAAAGAUCGACGGAUAGAGACGUCAGCCCUAACGAUCUACUAAAUACGGAACUCUCAACUGCAGUGGCCGAACACAUUGUUGGGGACAUUUUGCGCCAAUGCGACGCCCAUACCGAGAAACAAUCACUGGACUUUGAAAUUCGAAAAGCAAAUGCCAAGUUGGAACACGCCAGAUCCCAAAACACUGUUCUAGCUCUGACGUUGAAUGAAACCAAAGCCCAUUGCGAUAGGUUGGCUCUUCUAUGUGGCAAAUACGAAUCCAAUGCCAUAGCAUUGCGAUUGGCUUUGGGAAUCACUGAUCGGACCAUUGAAGCUUAUGAUGUUCUUUUGGCCUUGCUGGAGACGGAAUUGUCUCUAAGCGAAGACAAUUCCACGACUAUUGAAAACCGAACUGCAGCUGAAACGGUGGCCAAACAGCUUCUGAGCCAUUUAGAUCAUCACUUAAAUUCCGAUGUUUUACUCUCGCCGUGGCAGAAUCACGUUUACAGCACUCCCAUUGAAAUAAAUGAAACAUGGACGGGCGAGCACGAGUUGCGGCUGCGGGAACAUGUUUCGCGGUUGAAAGCCGAAAGAAGCAAUAUUCAGGGCACUUAUGUCACUUUGGAGUCCACCCAAGUGGAAAAUGUACCGAUUAGACCCUCCAGCAGCCAGGAGACUAGGAAAAUGGACCUUGAAAUGGCGGUUUUAAUGCAGGAAUUAAUGGGUUUAAGAGAGGACAAGGCUGAAUUACUGUCGAAAUUGUUUGCAUUGGAAAAAGACAAAAACGCCCUGGAAAUUAAGCUGAAGUAUGUGGAAGGUCAGCAGAAAGCACAAUCAGCCACGCUAAAGAAUCUGCAAGGCCAACUGAAAGAUACUGAGGGACUACUAGCUUUAGCCACUCAAAGCAAAGAGCGAGGUUAUUGUGAUGCAGAACAUGCACAGGGCGUAGAAUUGGAAUUAAUGCAAGCACUAGCAAGAGAGGCAAGACUGAAAGUUAGGCUACAGGAAUUAGUUGCGACUUUGGAACAAGUGACCAAGAAUGCCGAAGCCCGACUGUUGGAAGGGCGAGAAAUUGUACAGGACUUAAAUCAGACCAAUAGCAUUCUUGCAGACACAGUGGAUCGUAAUACUAAGAAAUAUCAGGCUAAGUUUAAGAAAAUGGAGCACCAGAUGUUAAACAUGGUAGAGAAGCACACUGCGCAAGUACAGACGCUACAGCAAAGAAUCGCAACUCUAGAAACACCGCCUACAAAUAGUUCGGAGAAUUCCUUAAAUUCAAUUCCCAUGUAAAUCGGCUAGUGGAGUAUAUAUUUUAUCAAUUUGAUAUAGUAUUAAUAUUAAUGUUGCUAAUUGUUAAGAUAUAAUAAAAUGUGCAAUAAGUCCUAUUUAUUCGCAAAUUGUAAAUUCGUUAACAUGCAGAACGCUCAUAUUAUUAUUAUUUGUUGAAUUGGAUGCAAUUCCAAAGAUGAGAACAAAAAAGCUAAAUAAUUUUGAUUGACUGAUGAGGCUACAGAUGGAAAAUAUAAAACAUGUUAAUAUAUUUGUCUACCUCACCCAAUAUCGGUGUAUAAUUGUUUUUAAAUACACAGAAAUGUUCCUACAGUUUAAUUUGAAAAAUCCACAACAAGUUUUGUGCGUCAACUUGCAAAUUACAUGAAAUCAGAUGAGUCUACCUCGGUAAUAUCUUUCGAUAUGAAACCAGACCUUGUUUAAUGAAACUAGCGUUAGUAAUUAUAAGGACAUGCCUCGCUGUGAUUAAUUAUGCCUACUUACAGAAAAAAAUGGAGUUGUGGGAGUUUUUAACCAAUUUUUUCACUUGGUUGGGCAGCUGUACAUAAGGCAGGCUUUUUCCUCAGUAGCUAAAUUGUGUGCUUAGAAGUAAACGAUUAAACCAGUAGCUAAACCCUUAUUACCCUAAUUUUACAUGGUUCUUUCCUUCUAUAUUGUUUAGCAAUGUAUAGGGGUUUUAGAUAAAUACUCUGUAAUAGUUUGAAGCCUGCACUAAACAAUUAUGGUAGUAAAUUAUAAAUGGAAAGUGAUUAUUAGACGUGUGAUAAGAUUAUUAAUGCAUUUAAUAUGUUUGUAAUCAAUUAAUAGGCUAAAGCGAUAUACGAGGUUUUAGUCAAGAUUUCAACCGAGAUUCUUCAGUAUAUUGAAUCAGAUAACAUAAAAAAAUUGCUUGAAAAUCUGAAAUUAAAGUUUUCCAUUAUGAUUUGUGAAAAUUUGGGCAGAAAAUAAAUUAUCAUCACAUUGAAUUAGAAACCCUCGAAUCUCUUAUAAGCAAAUUUGGUACAAAAGUAUUAAGGCUUGUUAUGAAUCAACAUUAAAUUUUAGAACUACAAUGAUAUAAGCAAGUUUAGCAUUAAGUAUCUCAAUUAUUAUGUAAUAAAUAUUUAUUUUAUAUCGUGAUGUUUAAUAAACUGGAGUUAAUGAUUA